AUGCCCCUCCUCGAAACCGCAUCCAUGCAGUCAGAAAGAAUCGUUCCUGUAGCGUCGAAAGCUGCUGAUGGUGCUGUCAGAGAUGACGUUGCACACCUCCUGAGGACCAUAUUUGAAGCGCAGACCUCGCAGCAGGCGUUGGACGCUUCUUACGGCCUUACCAAUCUCCUCAUCAGCACUGGAAGCGUUCGGUGCCUCCACACAUUCAAUGUCAUCCCAGAGAUAAAGAAAGCGGCGACGGAUAAGAAAAAUGGUGCGAGGAGGGAGAGCUCCAUGCUAAUUCUUGGAGCUUUGUUUGAACAAUAUCCUUUGAAGAACCCGCUGAGUGAAGUUAUCUUCCUGCUUGAAGAUGGCGGGCUGCUUUACCUUGCAUUGGAUCUCCUAGCAGAUAAGGGCGCAGUGGUUCGAGAAGCGGCUCAGUAUGCCAUUGAUGCUUUGUUUGCAUGUCUGAAGGAGGAAUCUUUGGUUCACGCCCUUGUUGAGCCACUUUCUCGAUACCUUAACAAGCCCACUGGAAAAUGGCAGGGAACUGUAGGAGCAUACAAGUUGCUUGAAAAAGUGGCGAAGAGAGCAGAGAUUGGAACGGAUAGCAAGGAGAAGGAGGAGCUUAAGGAUCUUCUACGGCUGACCCUGGGCCAAAAAUUGAAAGACCUUAUCCCUAUUGUUGAGAGUGGAAUGCAUGACUUGAAAGCAGAAGUCGCUAAACAAGCCGUUAAAACUAUGACUGCUCUGUCCACUGUCCUUGAUAACGAUGAUGUUGCCACACGAAUUCCAUUGCUCCUCAAAACCAUGGAGAAACCCUCAACCGAAACCCUCCAGAAGGCUAUCCAUGCGCUCUCGCAAACAACCUUUGUCGCCAUUGUGACAUCCCCAGUUCUUGCAUUGCUUACUCCUCUCCUUGAGCGAUCUCUCAAUACUCCAACUACCACUCAAGAAGUCCUCCGCCAAACUGUCGUCGUUGUUGAGAAUCUUACCCGACUUGUCCACGACCCCGUCGAAGCCAGAACUUUUUUGCCUAAGUUGAAACCUGGUGUUCAGCGUGUCAAGGAUGGUGCUUCCCUUCCAGAAGUCCGAGAGCUGGCCACUAGAGCCAUGAACGUUAUCGAUAAGGCCAUGGGUGAUGAUGAAGCUGGCACCACCGAUUCACGCGCCACUACAGAGCAGGUGGAGGCCGUUCUUGAGGAGCAAAUGAAACCAUACUCCAACUUCAGUGGUACCGAUGAGAAACGUUUCUGGGAAACCAGCAGGAAUUAUAUUGCCAAUAUGAUCCGAGAUGACGCCAACUCACGACUCCUUGAGCGUAUCCCCGUGUGUGUUGGUCCAUACCUUCAAUCCUUUGUUCCCGAUGGAAGACAUGAUGAGAUUGCUGCUGCUGUUAAAGCUCAUUUCGUUGCAGAAGAUGAGCGCAGAUUUGGUGUUCCCGUUAAGGAGGACGAUGGGGAGAUCGAAAUUGUUAAUGCCAACUUCUCCCUUGGUUACGGAGGCCGACUCCUCCUCUCACAUGCCAAUCUAAGACUACUCAAGGGCCAUAGGUAUGGUCUAUGUGGCCGGAAUGGUGUUGGAAAGUCUACUCUCAUGCGCAGUAUCGCCAAUGGCAAACUCGAAGGCUUCCCACCCCAGGAUGUUUUGAAGACUUGCUUUGUCGAACAUAAUCAAGGAGAGGACGCAGAAUUGAGUGUCUUGGAAUUUGUCACGAAGGAUCCGGAGAUGGCUGCUGCCGGUGAAGAGAAGAUCUCCGCUGCCCUUAACGAGGUCGGUUUCACUCCUGGCCCAGAGGGAAGACAGCAACAACCUGUUGGGUCUCUAUCUGGUGGCUGGAAGAUGAAACUUGCUCUUGCCAGAGCCAUGGUUAUGGGAGCUGAUGUGCUCCUCCUUGACGAACCUACCAAUCAUCUGGAUGUCCACAAUGUGAAAUGGUUGCAGGAAUACCUGAAGAAACACACAGAAGUUACUAGUUUGAUUGUCAGCCACGACUCCGGAUUCCUCGAUGAGGUCUGCACAGAUAUAUACCAUUAUGAGCAGAAGAAGCUUGUUCACUACAAGGGAAACCUUGCAGACUUUGUCAAAGUUAAGCCAGAAGCAAAGAGUUACUAUACUUUAUCCUCUGCCAACGCAAAUUUCAAAUUCCCACCUCCUGGUAUAUUGUCUGGGGUCAAAUCCUCGACUCGCAUUAUCCUACGCAUGACCAACUGUUCCUACACUUACCCGGGUAGUAGCAAACCAUCAUUGGUCGAUGCAAGCUGUGCUCUUACUCUGUCAUCUCGUGUUGCUAUCAUUGGUGGUAACGGAGCGGGAAAGUCUACUUUGAUGAAACUCCUCACUGGUGAAACAAUUCCACAGACUGGAAAAGUUGAGAAGCACCCCAACCUUCGAAUUGGUUAUAUCAAGCAGCACGCAUUGGAGCACGUGGAAAUGCAUAUGGAGAAGACUCCCAACCAAUACCUCCAAUGGAGAUAUGCAAACGGAGAUGACCGUGAAGUCCUUAUGAAACAAACCCGUAUUCUCACUGAGGAGGAUAAGAUCCAGAUGGCCAAGCCUGUUGACAUCGGUGACGGAAAGGGUCCACGCAACAUUGAAGCUUUGAUGGGAAGACAAAAGUACAAGAAGACUUUCCAAUAUGAAGUUAAAUGGAAGAACAUGCUUCCCAAGCACAACACUCAGAUCUCGCGUGAAACUCUUCUACAACUCGGAUUCCAAAAGCUCGUCCAAGAAUUCGACGAUCAUGAAGCGUCUCGCGAAGGUCUUGGAUACCGAGUUCUCGAGCCUAAGGUUAUUUCCAAGCACUUCGAAGAUAUCGGUCUUGACCCUGAGAUAGCCAACCACAACGAGAUUGGCGGUCUUUCUGGUGGGCAGAAGGUUAAGGUUGUCCUGGCGGGAGCCAUGUGGAACAAUCCUCAUUUGCUCGUGCUGGACGAACCUACUAACUUUUUGGACCGUGACUUUUUGGGCGGCCUUGCUGUCGCCAUCCGCGAAUUCAAGGGCGGCGUGGUCAUGAUUUCUCACAACGAUGAAUUCGUUGGCGCCCUCUGCCCUGAGAGAUGGUAUGUUGAAAACGGUCGGAUGACUCAUGGCGGCACUACCGCCGUGGCCCUUGAUCGGUUUGAAGACCAGUCACGCAAUCCCAGCACUGUGGCCAGCAGCGUAGUGUCCAGUGCAGCCCCUUCUGCCGUGAACUCCGGUGCCGAAGAUGGAGGCGAGCUCAAGUUCAAGGCUAAGAAGAAGAAGAAGAUGACCAGAGCUCAGCUCAAGGAGCGUGAAGUCCGUCGCAGGUUACGACACAUCGAGUGGCUUAACAGCCCUGCCGGCACUCCUCACCCACCCGAUACCGAUGAUGAGCAGUAG